AUGUGGACAGAAGUAGCUAAUACUGUGAAGGAGACCGCAGAGAAACACAUUCCCAAGAAAAGGAACAGUAAGAAGACUAGAUGGCUAUCAGUUGAGGCACUGCAAGUUGCAGAAGAACGAAAGAAAAAAAAAAUCAAGGGAGAUAGAUCAGCUAUGUUUGAAUUAAAUAAAGAUUUUCAGAAAUUAGCUAGAAGAGAUAAAAAUAUAAUCUUUAAUGAACAGUGCAAGGAAGUUGAAGAUAGUAACGGAAUGGGGAAGACAAGAGAUCUUUAUAAGAAAAUUAGAGAAAUUAAAGGAAAAUUCCAGGCAAAAAUAGGAAUGACACAAGAUAGAAACGGGAAAGAUCUGAGUGAAGCAGAGGAUGUUAAGGAAAGAUGA